AUGACCACCACUUGGGCCUGGGCGCAGGCCAGCGGGCGCUAUGAGGGGUGCCCCGAGGACCCGGCCAAGUGGAAGACCAACUUCCGCUGCGCCCUGAGGAGCACCGGCAUGUUCGUGCUGCUGGAGGACCGCUCCAAGUGCGGUGACGACCCGCACAAGGUCUUCGCCAUCGACCCAGCUGCCCUCUGGCCUGGCCAGGAGGGGGAUUUCAGCAGCCCUGAUGCUGCGGUGGGUCAGCAGCCGCUGCACCAGCAGCCACAGCUGGAGCUCAACCCCCAAGAUGUGGCCCCAGAAAUCACCCCCCCAGGCAGCACCAACCCCGCACGGUCCCCGACGCUGGAGGACCUGGAGGCGCUGCAGUGGGUGCUGCAGCACUGCGAUAUCUCCCCCCGCGACCUUGAUUCCCCGACACCAUCCUGGGUGCCUGCAGCAUUUCAGCAAUGGGUACCCACGGCGGAGCAGCCCCCCUUGGGCACCUACAACCCCCUGGACCCCAUGCUGCUGGCAGAGCAAGGGCCCGUGGCACUGCCGUGCCACCUGCCGGAGGUCACGGUCCCUGUGCCGCCCCCAGGGGAGGCGAUGCUCUUUGCCCCCACUGCCAGCCCUGUGCCACCGCCACCGGAGGAUAACACAGGUGGCAUCAUCCCCAUCCUGGACGUCAGCAUCUACUACCGGGGGAAGCUCUUCCACCAGGAGGAGGUGGGGGACAGCCAGUGCCUGCUGGUGUACCAGCCCUCCGACCCGGCAGUGGCCCUGCGCCCCGGGCGCCUGGUGCGCUUUCCCAGCCCUGCCGAGCUGGCUGACAGCAAGCAGCGGCGUUUCACUGAGGAGCUGCUGGGCAGCGCGGGGCUGCAGCUGGAGCAACGCACCAGCAAGCUCUUCGCCACUCGCCUGAAGAAGUGCAAGGUCUUCUGGGCCCUGUCCCAGCAGCUCGAGGGCGCUGAGGACCCCCCGCCCAACCUGCUCUGCCGCAACCAGGAAACCCCCAUCUUUGACUUCAAUGAGUUUUGCACAGAGCUGAGGGACUUCCGCAAUGGCCAAAGGCAGCGGUCCCCUGACUUCACCAUCUACCUCUGCUUUGGGCAGUCCUUCUCCAAGGCCAAGCCCAAGGAGUCCAAGCUCAUCCUGGUCAAGCUGGUGCCCAAGUUCUGCGAGUACUGGUACGAGCAGGUGCUGCGGGAGGGAGCCUCCUCCCUUGACAGCGGCACCGUCAGCCUGCAGCUCUCUGACUCCUUCAGCCUCUUCGAGCUCAUCGAGCAGUGCAACAUGCAGACAGACUGA